AUAAUAUUAAAAAAUACACCUUAAUUGCAGAAAAAUAUUAUGAAUUAUUUGAUGAAGAGGUGUAUGUUGUGGCUAAGCUGAGUAAGGAAACAAAAGAGGACAAGGAGAAUGAAUUGUUGAAAGCUUACAGACAAUUCAACGAAGCACUGGAUGAUGUGGAGAAAAGAGGGACUUUCCCUACAUCCAGGUUGGCUAAUGUUCCUGAAAAAAUAGGAGAAAGCCUGCUCAAAAAACUGAGUACAUUUAAAGAAACACUGCAUGAAUUGAGAAGAAAAGCAGAAUUAUUGCUGCUGAAAUACAACAUAACCCCGAAAAAGAAUGAUGUGAGGCCACCGGACACAGACAAUAAGGAAGAUGUUACAAGCAGUGAUGCCAAGAUGCUAAGAGUCAAGAAUUUGAAAAGAAAUCUUAAGAUGAACAGACUUCUUGGCGAAAAAUAUUAUGAUAUGUUGAAAGAGCAGGUGAAGAAUCUGACCUGGAAUGUACAGAUAAUAGACAAUGACACAAUAGAAAAGCUGAAGCUGCUCUAUUCAGACUAUCAAGAGGCACUGGGUGAAGCAAAACUAUCAGGGAACAUAUACAACUACAGAUUUGAGAACCUUCCUGAAAACAUGAAAGAAAGUGUUAUGAAACGAUACAAGACAUUUACAGAUGCAAUAGAUGAAUUGGACAGAAGAGGAAGAAGUGAAAUUAUGAGACACAUACCACCCUCUGAAAAAGAAGAAAAGGAAAGCGACAAUUCUGCUUCUGAAAGAUCCCUUAAGGCGGAAGAAAAGGAGAAAAAUGCAAUUAUUGAAGCAGAAAGAGAAGAAAAUGAAAAGCAGAAACAUCACAACAUAACGGCAACAUUAUUUGUAAUAAUGGUGAUCGUGUUGAUAUUAACUGCCAUUGGUGCUCUAAAGCACUUUUGCAUGGGAGGGGGUGCUGCAUAAUUGCACUCCCCUCAGUUUUUUGCAACUCCUGGAUAUAACUGGUGAAGAAAAGAUUGAAAAAAUGCCAAGAGGGGCCUGAAACGUCACUUUAUCCAAGGUCUGUGAUCAAGGGUUUAAAUGCCGAGGAGUUCCCUACCAUUUGAACUGAAGAAGCCACUUGGAUGAGUGGUGAAACUCAGAAAAGUGCAGAUGUUUUAGACUUAAUUCUACUAGAUACUGUAUAUCAGAAUAAGAAUCUUCAUAGACGAUUGACAUGAGAGUUUUCACCUUCCUCUGGAUAAACUAGGAGUGAGUGUCACGAUCUCCCUGAGGAGACGCCGUGGAGUACCAGGAAGUUGGGAGCCUGAAGACUGCGUAACCCGGAGUGUAUCCAUAAAUCACAGAACUGGUGUCAGAGGCCAUGAUAUAGUGAAGAACUUUAAUACUAGUGACGUAACAGUGGACACAAUGAAUAUACACACUGAAUAUAGAACGGCAGGCAGAGGCGGAAUCCAAAACAGGCAAAAGGUCAGAGCAAGCGGCAGUCAAGUGAAGUCAAGGACAGGCCAAGGUCAGAACCGGAAAAUCAAUGUAGAACUAGGAAGGACACCAGAGAACAGGAACAGGGUAGAAAGCAGGAACAGGACACGGAAAUCUGGAGCUUGGAACCAGCAAGAACAAGAAUAGUCACAGGAACAGGGAACACGGAGGCAGGGUCACAAGAAACAAUUAAUGACCAAGGGAGCAGACAGAAAGCAGAUGACCGACAAGAGAAGAAUCAAACUGACCGCCCAAAAUGCCUCCAGUGGCUACAGAGGCAAAUGCACGCCGCCAGGAACACCCCAAGUGGUGAUCAAAUCCUGGCUGAUCCUGACAGUCAGGCAGGUUUCAUUAAGACAAGAACGUUGAACAUAGUGAACCUGGGUCUUUCUUCAGCCUGAAUGACUUUGUUACUACGUCCAUCUUUGCUGGAGAAUUUGUUCUUUCCCUGAUUCCAAGAAUGAUGGAUUUGGUGCAUUCCUAAUACAAAUGAAAGCUUGUAAUGUUUUAAAAAAAAAAAUUUAUAAUGAUAAAAAACACAAGAAUAUUGUUCAUACUUUGAGAUGGGUGAAGAAUUUAG